ACACGCAAUUAGAGCAAACGUUCUGAAAUAAAGGCAUUCUGUGAUCUAGGUGCUAAGAGUUCCAGCAACAGGAUGGCACACUGCAAUCGUGCAACUUCUCUACCAUUCCACAUACUCUGAAACUUCAGAUACCAUGCCAAGAAGAGAACAGGAGGAGAAAGGCAAAGGCCGGUUGCCACAGCACUCACGGAAACGAUGGUUUCUCAAGGAGAUGGUUCUGAGACGCGACUCAAUUUUCAGAAGGGAAGCGUCUUACUGCCUAUCUUGCACAGUCUAUUUAAAAGUCGUAUGCACCUCAAAAUAAACAAAAGCCGCAGCUACUGGAGUUGUAAGAUCCGGCAGGCAUUUGUUCCUCCUCCCUUCCUAAAGUACAUCAAGGAAACGUUCUCUCUUUAAGCCUACAUGUAUAUUAAGCAACUAGAAAAACAAGCCCACGUCUGUCUCUCUCACACCCACUACCCCCCACCUUACUACAGCAGCAACCCCGAGAAACACUAACAAAGACAGCGGAGUAAAUGAACAGUUGUUCAACAGCGAACUCACAAAUACACAUGCAGUGAGGCAAUCGAAUCCGGUAAAGGGAAAGGAAUGAGACGACACUUGGGAGACGCACGGGGUGUAGGCGGAAGAGGGGGGAAAAAAAAAAUUACGCGCCGCCGCCAAGCCUUUGAAUAAAUUAGAGGGAAUUUCGGUGCGAACUUUCCUUGACCUCGACCCCCAAGAGGCUCGUCGGGGCUGAGAAACGAGCCCGUCCGGGAUGCGGAGGGGAGCAGGGCACCGGGUGUCCUCCUCGCGCCAGACCCGCUCCGCGAGGCGCCGCCCGCGUAGAAGGCAGCGCCUGCGGCUGCCCAACUCCCGCAAGGGUCGCUCGGGCCGGCGCGGGACACAAUGGGCCCGCGGGCCGCGCGGACGGGCCUCGGCCCGGCUGCGGAAAGGGAAAGAGAAACGGGGAGCGGGCGGAGGGAGAGGGUGGAAUGGGAGGUCCCGCCGCGGCCGGGGGCGAGGCUCGGGGCCGAGGAGCGCGGCUUCCCCACCGCAGACCCAACAAAGACGCGAGGAGAACCCCGGCCGAGCCCUGCCUGCCUGGCCGCCUGGGCGCCAGGACAGGAGGAGGUGGCAGGUUCGCUCCUCGGAACGGCCGGGAGGCGCCAUCAUGGGGAAGGGGGGGGUCCCCGGUCCGCCCCACGCGGGAAAGAGCCCCCUCCCAGCCGCGGCCCGCGUCACCGGCCCCGCACGACCGCGGCAGCCCGGCGGGCCCGCGCCCGCCCCACAAGAGGCGGCGGCGGCGCUGGAAAGCCCAGGGAGCCGAAGGAGGGCGGGGACGCGGCAAAGGAGAAAGUUGGGCUCAGGUCUGUUUCGUUUUACCGGGUUGGCGGCGCGCCCGUCCGCGCGGGCGCACGAGUGGCCGGGCGAGCGGGGUCCCGCGGCCCCGGUCCGGCCGGCGGGGCGCUGCCCUCGCAGGGUCCCUCCCCGCGCCUCGGCCCGGGCUGAGCCGCUCGGCCUCUCCUUCCUCCUCCCGCCCGCCCGCUCGCUCCCGGAGCCUGGAUUGAUCUGGUCGCGCUGGCGUCAGGGAGUCGGAGCCGCCCAGCCUCCACUCCUCGGCUGCCAAUACCCGGCGCACUCGCCCGCCCGCCCGCACGCUCGCUCGCCUGCUCACACGCGCACCCGCGCGCCGCCGCCGCCGCCGCGCGACCAGGGAUCCUCUCCAAAUUCCCCGCCGGUUAGCGCGAGCGCGGGGCCAGCCACCUCCCCCCGCCUCCGACCCCACGCCCCAUUUAUUCCGAGGAGAAAAAACAACUUUCCUCCUCCUGCUUCCUUUAGUCCGGGUGGAGCGGACUUGGUGCAUUAUCCUCAAAUGAAGUUUGGUGUUCAGCAUUUAUUUCCUGAAAUGUUCAUCACCCGUCCACCGCGCCCUCCGAACGAAAAUUGCCACAACAGAUGGUAUUUCUGCUGGUGAUGGAGAAGGAGAGGGUGAAUGCACUGAUGUGCUCCGAAUGGCUCUGCCUGGCUUGUGAGAGCCGAUAGGUAAAUUUUCAAGAUUUUUACAAUUUGGUUGUUAAACACCUUGGUAGCCUGAAAUUGGUCACAGUGGGAGUCUUUACACCACAAAAAUUGGCAAACACCACAAAUUAAGGCCCUUUAAAAAAAAAAAAAAAAAAGAGCCAGUUGUCAAACAUUUACCAGCAUACCACUGAAUAUUGGAUAGGUGACUAGGAGUUCCAGGAAGUUUUUUAUUUUGCCUUAUUAUAUUUGUCACUUAUUUCCAACUAGAACGGUUGAGACCCAUGAACACUUAGGCAGGCAAUCUUUUGAAGAUCUUGGUAUAUUAAUACUCCCCUUCUCUUUAUUCCAUAAAAAUGUUAGGCAUAUGCAUUUAUAUUGUGUUUUGAUAUUUCCUCAGAGAAUGUACAUGUUGUUCUUUGGUAGUAAGUGAGGCAUGUCAUGAAAAUCUUAUAAAUGUCUAUUCAGGAACUUAAUGAGCUUUGUGUAAAAAAUCAUCUGUUCUAGUAAGAAGUGCAGAAAUACGUGUAGAAAUAGCCUCUGUGUUUGUAGUUGAGGCAAUUGUUAAAUCAGGUCAUGCCUAAGACAGAGCAGCUUUUCCAAACUAAGGUAUAUGACCUUACUGAGGCACAAAUAAUCCUUUAAAAUAAUUUCUUCUUCCAAACUUUCUUCCUGGGAAAAGAGGAAAGUGGGAACAUUUUCUCCAGAUGGUUAUGAGAAAGAAUCCAUAGUUUUUC